AUGUCUUUAUAUACGUUUUCAGGUUUACCAAUCGAAAUCAUCGAACGAAUCGUCAUUAUCCUGGCUGCUUUAGAUCCUUAUAAGCCUCCUAAGACGAUCCUCAGUUUAUUAUUACUCAAUCGACGAUUCAGUUCUAUUCUUCGUCCCGAUCUGAAUCCAUCACUAUAUGCAACUAUAUUUCGAUACAGAUUCGAUGCGGAAGCCUUAGAACGUCGAUUUAAUACCACUGAAAGUGAUGAGGUCUUUCAUAAACGUCAAAAGCGAGUGAUCACAGCUUCUUCACCCGUCGGCGUACCAGGUUCGGAUCAGCAAUGUUCAUCGUCAUCAUCAUCUCAGCUUGGAGAUGGUCAAUCUCAAUCACCGCAUUCAUCAUCAUUCGCCACUCAACUUUCAGAAACUUAUUUCGAUCGUUUGAAUCUAUUCAAUCGACUUCGAUUCUAUGCUUCACUUCCACUUUGUCAGGAACCAAAUCCUGAUUCACCUUAUUAUCACAAUGAUGGUAUUUCGAUGACAAACUGUCAAGCUGAAAGUAGUCAACCUAAAAUGAGAUUAUUAACAAAGGAUUUAUGGAUGAUUUACUUGAUGGUCAUGGAGAAUGAUGGAAAGAAUUGGAUUCAAUUACUCAAAGCAGCCAAUAUUGUUCAAUUUUUAAAAAACUAUCACCAUAAUGAAUUGAUCACAUUAGCAGUCACGCCAGGUUAUCCUCCUGAAUCACCUGAAACUGCUAUUGGAAUGCGCCUGUAUCAUUUGUUUGUGGAACUACAAGAAGAAGGUCCGGAUUCAAGUCCAGAGUAUGAAGAGAUGAGAGAAACUAAUUUCUUUGUAUUAAAACCUUAUGUAUUUGGAUGUCAUGUGUUUGAAGUAGCUUAUGCUCCUUGGAGUUGGCGUCAACUACCUGCAUCCCCGAGUUCCACUUCAAGUAGUAGCCCAACUCAAUCUCUUGGAGAUGUCACCGAUCACCCCAAUGCUCUUUCAAAUACCUCGACCUCAACAUCCCUUCCAGUAUUGCCUUUGGACAUCCCCGAUUCCCAGCCUUCGACCGAAAUUUCUGCAUCUGUAUCUACAUCGGAAGAAAACCUUACUCAGGAUGAACAUACAAAUUCACCAACAACACCUUGUCAACAUAAUGGACCCUCAAAUAAAGUUACUUACUCUACUUUUCGAUACAUGGGACAAACUAUAAGAAUCUUACCUCCUCUUAGUUCUCAUGUGGCUAUGAUGUCUUUCUUUUGGGGUGUCAGCUGUUUAAACGAACUCGAUAGAAGAUCAGGUCGAUUUAUGUUGAAUUCUCAUAAUAGUUGGUCUGAAAUCUCAAAUGGAAACACAACAAAUUUCAAUAUUCCCUCAAAUUCAAUCAAUCAUCAAUCAACAUCAAUACAUCCAGAUGAUUUAUUUUCAAUGAAGAUGAAAAGGAUCUUGGAAUGUGAUUCAAAUUCGUAUGAUUUAGAAUAUCAUAGAACCACUCGUUGUUUAAAUCCAUAUUCAUCACCUGGUCUUCAAUUUGAUACUUUUAAGAAUUGUUUCAAUGGGAUAUGGGAGGGCAAAUUCAUGUUUUUUGAUUAUACUAGUUAUAGAGAGAUGUUAAUGGGAAGACUUCAAAGUGUGUUUGAAGGUAGAUAUGGAGAUCAACCACAAGUACUUAAGAUGAGAGAAGUGAUUGUUAGAUUAAGUGAUGGAAAAAGAGUGGAAUUCAAAAAUCAAAGGCAAUCAAAUCAUUUGUUGAAUUUAGAUUCAAAUGAUCAGAUCCGAGGAGGAGAAAAUGAAGAUGAAACUGAAUAUUUACUUAAAAUGCCUUUUCGAGAAGAUGAUGAGAAAAUAGAAGAGAUUGAAUACGAUUCCAAUGAACGAUAUGAAUUACAAAUUCAUGGAACAGGUCAUUCUGCUUGGGGUAAAUGUAAAUUAAAAGGUAGAGUUAGAGCAUGGGAUGGAAUGUUGACACUCUUGAAGAAUUAUAAACUUGAUGAGGAUCCGGUUUCUUUGAAUGAUCAUCAAGUGAAUGGUGAGAUUUUGAGGAAUACGUGUUGGCUUUAUAGAGGUUAUUCUACACCUGAAGGAGCUCUUAUUGGAAGGUGGAGGGAUACUUAUACUCCUCAGAAUAUUCCAGGUUAUGAAGGAACAUUUGUCAUGUUACCAAGAUAA